AUUUUUUUAAAAGCUGUAUAAAAACAUCAGAAAACAAACACCCAAAAAGGGGGAGGGGCUGGGGGCACACGUGAUACAACUUGUUGCUUUUAUGGCCAAACCUGAGCAGUUCCUUGGCAAAAUUGAGAGCUUCCUGCAGGCACGUGAGGGGAUUCUAAUGUUUCAUGUGGCAACGGCUCCCUGUCCUUGAGGUCCUUAGACAAACCUAUGGGUGUGAGCAAUUUUAUCGACAUGUUAAGAUUAGCACAUGCCUUCUUGAAAACACUUCUGCGUUCUCCCCAAAACCCAACAAUCCCAUCCACUGCCUCCUUUACACUCUCCACUGCAUCCCCUUCCUCCAACAUGCCACGCUCUCUCGAUUGCUCUGAAAACUCCUGGUAUGAGUGUGCACUUUACACUUGAAAUUUCAGUGAAACAAAGCAAAAAUAAUUACAACAUUUUGAGCGAAACCAAGCAAUCAAGAAAGGACACAUGUGAUACCUCCUAUUAAAUACGUUUUCUCUGUAAUCUCUAUUCAAUAUGCACUUGGUGUGCCCUCUCAAUUCUCAGUUGCAGUUACACGGCAAUUCUUUCGCGGUUCAGUUAUGAAAUGUUGAUGUUCCAGCAGUUCCAAAUGAAGUCAACAACUGUAUUUACUAUCUUGGCGUUUUUAGCUGUAGAUUUAAAGUUUAAACCAUCAUUGGGAUGUCAAUUUAAAACUGAAGCAUAAAUUGACACACGUUUUUGAUGUCACUGUAGACGCCUCUACGCUGCUUAGUGUAAAAAAAUAGCUAUGGUGGUCAUGGAAUAAAAGCUUUCUGAGUUGUUUGUUUUCCUUAACCUCUUUUCUUCUGUUUGCAGUUUUCUUUAGAACAACCCCUGGAGUAUAGAAAGUUGUAGCACGCAGCAGCUUAAAAUAAGUUUCAGACGUUUUGAGGAAUAAUGGAGGAAUGGAGAUUUGGAAAUAUGGAGAAAUGUAGAUCAAGAAACAUGGAGGAAGGGAGAGAGAAAGUGAAUGAGCAACAGUCCAGCAAGCGUUUACGCCUCAACACUUCACCACGUAGAGAACUGAGAUUGAAUGCUAAUGAACAACGAUCCAACAAGCUUCAAAUCUCUCUCAACAAUUAUUUUUUAACCCAUGAAUUGAACAACCAUAAAGUUGCAGCAGUCAUUAAAUUGAUAAAUGAAUUCCCAGAAGAAGUAGUCCGAGAAAUACUGUUAAGGGUCACAUAUAAAUCCCAUUACAAGCUUAUGUCUGUUUGCAAAAGCUGGAAUGCCAUGGUUGACAAUCAUACGUUUUAUCAAGAUAGAAUAAGAUUUGGUAGGUAUGAGGAGCUUAUAUGUUUGAUUCAGCGUUUGGAUGGAGGAUGGGCACAUCAUAAACUUGGUCAAUCGGAAGCAGGUCCUUUCUCAACUCAAUAUUGUAAACCUAGUCAAGUGGUAACUAUAUAUGACCCGGUCCAUGAUAAAUGGGAAGCAGCUCCUUCUUUUCCAACUGGAUAUCGUUUCGAACACACGGACUCUUGUUGUGUUUCCAUCAACCAUAAACUGGUUUUUUUUGGCCUUUACAAGCAAGAUACGGAUAAGCCUACUCACGUUGUUUUGGUCUAUGAUUUUUCUUCUUCUAUAUGGAAGCAGGGUUCUGAUAUGCCGGUGUUCCACUCUGCAUUUGCUUGUGCAGUAUCACCUCACGAUGGACUCAUAUAUAUUGCUGGAGGAUAUCAUAGGGAUGGCAGAAAAAAUACAAUGUUUUACAAUGUUGAGAAAGACAAGUGGGAGAUUCUUCCCAAGAUGCAACAAAAUAUAACUCGAUGUCAAGGCUUUUUCAACCAUGACAAGUUUUAUGUGAUAAGCCACUAUAACAGUGAUAUUGAAAUAUUUGACACAAAUAAGAGACUAUGGACAACAUUGAAAAAUAUGUGGAUAAGCGGAUGGCAUCCUGAUCAUUGUGUAGCUGGAUUUGGUGGUUUAUAUUACUUUCAAAAUGGAGUGAAGGAAUAUGAUUGGAAAGAAAAUGUGUGGAGGAAAAUAGGACAUUUUCCAUCAAUGUUUGAGUAUGUUUCAUUUGGUGGUACCGCAUGGCAGGACAAGAUUUUUUUGAUAGGAAUUGACAGCAAGGAUCAAGAAAGAUUUUCUAUGUUUCAGCUUCUAAAAUCAGGAACUAUGAUUUUUGAGAGGUGGAUUCAGAGGCCAAUUGACAUUUAUGAUCAUGUUUUGGCAGCUGUUAAUGUAAAAGUUUGAUCAUUUAACUUUCCUUGAGAAAAUUCCAAGAAAAGCUAAAUUUUUGAAAAACCAUCUAAUGCUCAGUUUCCGAUAAAGUAUUAUGUACAGGAUCCUUAGGCAUUUAUUCAUCUUUA